AUAAAAGCAAGCGUGGCUGUCACAUAUCAAGCGCCACGCCUCAAGUCUUACCUGCCAGUCACUCCCUCUGCUGUUGUGCGUGCAUCUCGUGUUCGACGUCCCUCGUUUAUACGUCACGCCCCAUCCGCUCUUUAAACCUCAAUUCCUUGUGGAGAAAUUGUGCAGAUCGCCCGCCAUGCGUCAAUCCAUUGCCCUUCUCUCGCUCGCCGCCAGUGCAGCGUGCGCAGCCGAUGUGGUGUCGUUUGUCUUCCCUGGAGGAUUUGACGGCACCGCACCCGUCGCGACCAUCGAGUCGGCGGGCCCCUCGACGACAUCGGCCGUCAUGACAUGCCCCACGGGCACUCCGGCCGACGAGUGCGGCUUCGCGUCCGGCCUCAACGUCGAGAUUAUCGGCGGCACCCGCUACCAGGCGUCCAUGUCCGCUGGCAGCGUCUACGUGAGCUACGGCUGCGAUGGCUACGACUCGGCCGCCCAGACCAUGACGUGCACCGCCGAGAUGUCGGGCGAGGAUGCGCAGACGGCCGUCCUGUCGGGUUCCGACGUAGCCUUCCUGACCGCCACCGUCGUCGCCGGCGCUGAGUUGCUGAGCGGCGGUGCCAGCGCGACCGCCAGUACCAGCGCCCGCGCCUCUGCAGGCGCAAGUGCCAGCACUUCUGCUGCUGCCUCAAGCUCUGCUGCUGCCAGCUCUGGCAUGCAGACGAGCGCCUCGGCCUCUGGCACCGCCGCUGCCGGCAGCCAGGCGUCGGGCUCUGCCACAUCCACGGCCGGCCCUGCUAGCACCGGUGCUGCUGCAAAGUUCCGCAUCGAGGGCGCUGCGCUGCUCGCUCUCGUUGGCGCCGCUGCCGUCAACGUUCUGUAG